GGGUUUUGCCUGGCAUUGGCAGAAAAUUUGAAUGAGAACUCGACGAGUUAGUUUAUAGCAGGGAAAUAUUUAUUUAGGAAUCAUCAAUGAGUGUGGAAGAUCUUCUUGUAGUUGUUUAACAUGGUAUUGGUACUACGUGGAGUUGGUCAAAGCAUAGUUCUUUGGUCGAAUUUCAUUUCUUUAUUAUGCUGUUUCAGAAAUUGGCUUGAUUGAGUUUGAGAUUGAGCUUGAAAUGUAAAUGGGUUUGAUGGUGGUCAGGGGAGUUGAUGUGAUUGCAGUAUAGCUUCUGGUGUGUAUCUUCUGUUGUUUUAAAUGAAUCUAUUGGUUUUUGGUCAAUUGACUUGUUUCGGUAGCAUUAGUUUGGAGUUUUCACUCUGAGCUUGUUUCCUAAACAUCAUGCUCCUGUGCUGUCUCAGCAGUGGCGUCUUUGAUGUUUAAGGUUACGGAUUUUUUCAAAGUUGAAAUUAGUGGGAAUACGAUUUGGUUAAUUGAAGUUCAAAUCUAAAAAUAAGGUAAGGUUUUCUGUAUCGUUCCAGGCCAAAUCAUUCCUUUGUGCUUGACAGUUCGGUUUGUAAGAUAUCUUUUUUUUUUCUUUUUGGCUUUGCUUGGAAAAAUUUUCCUUCGAUGCUCACAAAUGAGCUUAUCAUUGUAUUAAGCCUCAUGUCAACCAUGUACGGUCACCUUGUUCUUGGAUAAGGCUUGUCCUUAUGUUACCUUUUAGGAUUAUUGUACAAUGCUCAUUACUGUUCCGGAGGUUUCGAAAUAUAACUAAGAUAGCUAAGGUCACUUAACGUCUUCAUGAGGAAUUUUUGUAAAACUGGAAAUGUGGUUAGUGAUGGGAUACUUGAUGAACAAUCAGAUUCAUUGGAAAAUGUGGGUCACUCUGGGAGUACAAUGUGAAGACCGAGGAUGAACUUUUGAGGGUUGAGUGGUUAUGUACUCAUAGUUGCAGUGGUGUGGCUUGGUCUUGCAGAAAUCACCACAUGAUCCCCCAAAAACGCCAUUUCGUGAAGUGUGCUUAGAACUAGCAUUCUCAGUCUGAGUUAAUCAUGCAUCAUUCGUGGAAUGGAAGGCGAAUAACUUUGUCAUAUUUAUGUAGACAUACAGGUCUCUGGUGACUUGUUCAUUUAUACAUUUGUAUUGAUUUAAGGUUAAUUCCAUUGGAAUGAAAUUAUAACCACAGACAAUUUUAUAGCCACCAUGCUUCAUUUCACUUCUUUCACCCAAGUUUGGAUGUAUGUAAUUGCCUCAUUACCUGUGGCUUUACUAUUUAAUUCAAUUUUUUUGUUCCUGAUCACCAUGAUUCUCUGCAUAAAAAUGAUGGUACCAAUGCAUAGCAGAACAUCAGAUCACACCGAAGUUCUGCGCUGAGAUUGGUUGUGAAUUCGGUUACCAUGAAGUGUGAAAUGUGGAUACUCUUCAGAAAAUUGUCACUACAAUGGGUGCCACGUACUGGAAGUUCAAUGCGGAUACUUGUUCCAUUGAAAUGGUUGGUUUAACACCAGUGGCACCAAGGGGAUCUGAGGGUACUGUUGAAUGUAGAUGCAAUCCUGAUAACACCACCUGUAAUGUGAUAAGAAUAGCUCUGAAGCGUUAUAAUCUAUCUGGAGUUUUGCCUCCUGAGCUUAGUGACCUUCCUUAUAUCAUGGAAAUUGAUGUAGCUUACAAUUACCUUCAUGGUACGAUACCAUCUGAGUGGUUUUCCAUGCAGCUAAAUAAGAUAUCAGUACUUGCAAAUCGGUUAUCAGGGGAAAUUCCAAAGGAAUUGGGGAAUCUUACCAGUCUCACGUACCUGGAUCUUGAGGCAAACCAAUUUUCUGGAGCUGUCCCUUCUGAACUUGGGAAAUUGACAAAAUUGAAAACUUUGUUUUUGUCCUCAAAUCGUUUGUCUGGGUCAUUGCCGGUUUCAUUUUCUGGUUUAGUAAAUUUAACGGAUCUAAGGAUAAAUGGCAACAACUUCAGUGGACCAAUUCCUGAUUAUUUUCAGAACUGGAAACAAAUGACAAGACUGGAGAUGCAGGCUACUGGUUUAGUAGGGCCAAUUCCGCCAACUAUAUCGCUUCUGAAUAAUCUAAUUGAGUUGAGGAUCAGUGACAUAGCUGGGCCAUCUCAAGGAUUUCCAUCAAUUAAUAUUAAGGGCAUAGCCAGGGUGGUACUCAGAAACUGCUCUUUGUCUGGAGAAAUUCCUGGUUAUAUAUGGGGCAUGACAGAGCUUGAAAUGUUGGAUGUGAGUUUCAACAAUUUGAUCGGUGAAAUUCCAAAUAAUAUUAGUACAAGAAGUUCUCUAAAAUUCUUAUUUGCAACAGGUAAUAGACUAACUGGAAAUGUACCUGACUCAAUCUUGAUUGGUGGCAGCAAUAUUGAUCUCUCCUACAACAACUUUACUUGGCAAGAGCCAGGACAACCUGCUUGUCAACCAAACUUGAAUUUAUAUCUGAACUUAUUCAGGAGCUCAUCAACAGACAACACUCUAAGGAACGUUCUACCAUGCAUGAAGGAUUUCACAUGUCCAACAUAUAGGUGCUCUUUCCAUGUUAAUUGUGGUGGAAAUGAUUUGCAAGUCAAUGAAGGUGGGAGAAGAGUGUUAUAUGAAGGAGAUGGUGGAGUCGAUGGUGGUUCUGCACGAUAUUAUAGGAGUGACAGUAGCUAUUGGGGAUUUAGUAGUAGUGGGGACUUCAUGGAUGAUAAUAAUGACCAAAAUACUAGAUUUAUUGCUAAUUUUCCUACUUCAAACCUAUCUGAUAUGUAUAGAACUGCACGCCUUUCUCCUCUUUCACUUACCUAUUUCCAUUACUGCUUGGAGAACGGAAGCUACACUGUCAGUCUUUAUUUUGCUGAAUUAUUUUUUACAAAUGACAACACAUAUAGCAGUCUUGGGAAGCGGGUAUUUGACAUUUAUAUCCAGGAUAACAUGGUUCAGAAAGACUUCAAUAUUGAGGAUGAGGCCAAGGGAGGGCAGAAACCACUGGUUAAGCAAUUUAACACCACUGUUAUUGAUAAUAUCUUGGAGAUUCGAUUCAACUGGGCUGGCAAAGGGACUACUAGGAUACCAAACAGAGGAGUUUAUGGACCCCUUAUAUCAGCAAUAUCUGUCAAUCCUAAUUUCAGAUCUUGUUCAGAUGGGAAUAAGAAGAAUACAACCAUUUAUGUUAUUGUUGGAGUAGUGGCAGUGUGCAUUAUCAUAUCAAUGCUUGCUGUUCAUUGGUGGAAAGGAUUUCUGCAAAGAAGAAAGAGAUCGAAAGAUGUUGAAGGACUGGACCUGCAAAUGGUUACUUUCACUUUGAAACAACUGAGAGUAGCUACUAAUAACUUUGAUGAUGUGAACAAGCUUGGUGAAGGUGGUUUUGGUCCUGUUUACAAGGGUAUAUUACGUGAUGGAACACCAAUUGCUGUGAAGCAAUUGUCAUCGAAGUCAGGACAAGGAAACCGAGAAUUCUUGAAUGAAAUUGGUACAAUUUCUUGUUUACAGCAUCCUAACCUCGUUAAGCUUCAUGGUUGCUGCGUUCAUGGAGAUCAGUUAAUGCUUGUCUAUGAAUACAUGGAAAAUAACAGCCUUGCCCGUGCUUUGUUUGACUCUAAGGGGAAUCAAAUGCCACUGGAUUGGCCUACAAGAUUCAAUAUUUCUCUUGGGAUUGCUAGAGGUUUAUCUUUUCUUCACGAAGAGUCAGGAUUAAAAAUUGUCCACAGGGACAUUAAAGCUACAAAUAUCCUGCUUGAUAGAGACUUAACCCCUAAAAUAUCCGACUUUGGAUUGGCUAGGCUCAGUGAAGAUGGGAGGACACACAUUAGCACAAAAAUUGCUGGUACCAUAGGAUAUAUGGCUCCCGAAUAUGCUCUGUGGGGAUACUUGACAAACAAGGCAGAUGUCUACAGCUUUGGCGUCGUGGCAUUGGAACUUGUCAGUGGCAAGAACAACAACAGUUACAUGCCAAGCAGCAAUUUCAUUUGCCUCCUAGAUUGGGCAUGUCACUUGCAACAUAAUAAGAAUUUCGACGAGCUUAUUGAUCGAAGUCUAACUUCCAGUGUUAACAAAGAAGAAGUUGACAGAUUAGUGAAAGUUGCACUCUUGUGUACAAAUGCAUCUCCCUCGAUCAGGCCUACAAUGUCUGAGGUUGUGAGCAUGCUGGAAGGACAAAUGAUUAUUCCAGAUGUAAUCCCAGAAGCAAGUGGAUUUGGUGAAGAUCUGAGGUUCAAAGCAAUGAGGGACUUGCAGUUAGAAAUUCAUAAUCAGAGUCUUACUGGAAGUCUGACUCAGAAUUCAACCGCAGUGCAAACUGAUUUGGGUUCAUCAUCGACAUCCAAUAAUGAUUUUGUUGGAAAAAAUUCUGACAGAUGA